AAGCCCCCCCGCCGGCCGACGAUCCUCGCCACCAUAUUCUUCACUAUCCUCUUCACGCAGAUUCUUCUUCUUUCUUUCAUCCCUUUUACUUUAAUUUUCCCUUUUACGAAGCGCAGGGUCGGGGAGGGAAAAAGGGAAGAGCUUUUUCGGCCUCUUACAGUGGGUUCCUUUUGCAGUUACUUCUCCGCACAGCAUAUUAGUUUCGAGCGGGUGGUCGGUUCCUUCCAACGAGAGUCAAACCUCAAAGAACUCUGCUUGCUCUGUGUGUGUCUCUCUCUCUUUCGUCUUCCCACAGUUUUGGAGUCAUUUCUCGAGGGCCCUUCUUUAAUUACGACUCCCAUCAGGUUCUUCUUCCAUGGAGUCGGGCGAGGGUGGGGCGGGGCUUUUUUUCUUCCGGUUUUUAUUGCUUGAGGCAGCUAAAUUUGGAAUCUUUGGUGGUUUGGCUUUGGACCCAUCUCUCGAUUCCGGGUUCUUCGGUUAGCAACUAACUAUAUAACUUCACAUUCUGAUUGGGUAUCAGAAAAGAAUCUGAGGACUAGUCGGUUCUGUUUGUUUGUUUGUUUUUUUUUUUUUUUUUUUGGGUAGUGUUGGGGUGCUGGUUGGGUUAAUUUUUUUUUUUUCUUUUCAACCUUUCUGCAAUUUCUGUUCCUCCUGUUGUAAUCUGAAGCUGGAGCUCUUUGGGUGGAUAAAACAGCAUAUCUUGUCUCUGGGCUUCAGGAGCUCCCUUUUGAUCUGCUCUCUUUUGGGUGCUGAGUUGGGAGGUUUGAGUGGGCUUCUUUGCCUCUUCGAUUGCCGUACGACGAUCACCAAGGUGAGGUUUUUGAGAAUUUCCCUGUAGCUGGACUGUUUGUCUGGAUCUGGUAUUGGCUCUUCAGGUCGGUCUUGAAUGACUGGGAAAAGAAGGAAGGAAAAAGAACUUGGUGGUACUGUUUCUGGCCAAAGUUGUCUAGUUUACCGUGUUGGAUGAGUCUGUUCUAUGUACUUGGGUUUGGUCUAAAGGCAGGGCAAUUAAUUUGGAUGUUAUGGUGGUCGAUAGUAUCCGUAAUUUCAAUGAACUGGUUCAUUAGUAGGGGGCUCAUGGAUGCCAAGACUGGCCUGCUUGGAGGGGAUGGCAAGAUUUCGCUGAACUGGCGUGAGAAAGUCUUGGGGAAAAUUGUCAAGAUUCAGCAUCGGUAUGACCACUUGUUUGGGUCCAAGAAAAUUAGCAACGCAUUGUGGAGGAAGCUGUUGUACACAUGGGUGUUUUGUGCGACCAUGUUUUCUCUGUGGAUUUUCUCAUACAUGAGCUCGCAAGCUAUUGAGAAGAGGAAAGAGACACUAGCUAGUAUGUGCGACGAGAGGGCUCAGAUGUUGCAGGACCAGUUCAACGUGAGCAUGAACCAUGUUCAGGCUAUGUCGAUUUUGAUCUCAACCUUUCACCAUGGCAAGAGCCCCUCUGCUAUUGACCAGACAACUUUUGCUGAAUAUACCAAAAGAACUGCAUUUGAGAGGCCUCUCACUAGUGGUGUGGCAUAUGCAGUGAGAGUGCUCCAUUCAGAGAGGGCAGAGUUCGAGAAACAGCAAGGCUGGCCUAUCCGGAGAAUGGACACCCUUGAGCAAAAUCUGGUUCAUAAGGAUGACUUUGACCCUGAAGUGUUGGAGCCCUCUCCAAUUCAGGAAGAAUACGCCCCCGUCAUUUUCGCUCAAGAUACUGUCUCCCACGUAGUUUCCAUUGAUUUACUCUCAGGAAAGGAGGAUCGUGAAAAUGUACUGCGUGCAAGAGCUUCAGGAAAAGGGGUGCUUACCGCUCCUUUCAGGCUGAUUAAAACAAACCGCCUGGGGGUCAUAUUGACCUUUGCUGUCUAUAAAACUGAUCUUCCUUCAAAUGCAACUCCGGAUGAGAGAAUCCAGGCAACUGCUGGGUACAUUGGUGGUAUCUUUCAUAUUCAAUCAUUGGUGGAGAAAUUGCUGCAACAGCUGGCUAGCAAGCAGAACAUUGUGCUGAACGUAUUGGACACCACCAAUCAGUCACAUCCGAUCAGUAUGUAUGGUUCAGAUGAAGCGGAUGAUGCUUUGGAGUAUGUCAGUACCCUUAAUUUUGGCGAUCCAUUUAGGAAGCAUGAAAUGCGAUGCAGAUUCAAGCAGAAACCUCCAUGGCCUUGGCUUGCGAUAACAACAUCGUAUGGAUUUCUUGUGAUUGCGAUGCUCACUGGGCAUAUAUGUUAUGCAACAGUAAAUAGGAUUGCCAAAGUCGAAGAUGACUACCAGAAAAUGAUGGAGCUCAAGAAGCAGGCUGAGGCAGCUGACAUAGCAAAGUCACAGUUCCUUGCCACUGUUUCCCACGAAAUUAGAACUCCAAUGAAUGGUGUUUUAGGAAUGUUGCAUAUGUUGAUGCACACGGAUCUAGAUGUAACUCAACAGGAUUAUGUUAGAACUGCCCAGGCCAGUGGAAAAGCUCUGGUCUCACUUAUCAAUGAGGUUUUGGACCAAGCGAAGAUUGAAUCUGGUAAACUGGAACUUGAGGCGGUACAAUUUGAUCUGCGGGCCAUACUCGAUGAUGUAUUGUCCCUCUUUUCUGGGAAGUCCCAGGAAAAAGGAGUGGAGUUGGCCGUUUUCAUUUCUGAUCAAGUUCCUGAGAAGUUAAUUGGUGACCCUGGAAGAUUUCGACAAAUCAUAACCAACCUUAUGGGAAACUCGAUUAAAUUCACAGAGAAAGGCCAUAUCUUUGUCACAGUGCAUCUUGCUCAAGAGGUCAUGGACUCGUUAGAUGUUGAGACUGAGUCAUCGUCGAAGAAUACCUUGAGUGGCUUCCAAGUUGCUGAGAGACGUCUCAGCUGGGCGAAAUUCAAGACCUUUAGCCAACAUGAAUGUGUUUGUUCUUACCCUUCCUCUACCUACGACCUCAUCAAUCUAAUUGUAUCAGUUGAGGAUACAGGAGUUGGGAUCCCAUUUGAGGCCCAAUGUCGUGUUUUUACUCCCUUCAUGCAAGUUGGUCCUUCCAUAUCCCGUACACAUGGAGGGACUGGCAUAGGGCUAAGCAUAAGCAAGUGUUUGGUUGAGCUCAUGAACGGAGAGGUUGGAUUUGUGAGCAUACCCAAUGUAGGAUCCACGUUUACCUUCACGGCCGUCUUCAACAAUGGCCAUUCCAAUUUGAAUGAGUACACGUGCCAGCAAAUGAAUAAUCAAUCCAAUUCUGCAAACUCGGAGUUUGAGGGCAUGAGUGCACUAGUGGUGGAUCCCAGAUCUGUCCGAGCCAAAGUAUCCAAGUAUCAUGUCCAGAGGCUUGGAAUCCAAGUCGAGAUCGUCUCAGACUUGAAUCAAGUUUUGUCAUCAUUAAAAAGCAGGAAACCCAGAAUCGACAUGGUGCUUAUUGAAGAGGAGGUCUGGAACAAUGAUUCAGAUUUGUCCAUUCUUUUUGUUGAUCAGUUAAGGCAUAUAGACCAAAAGGUUACUCCAAGGCUCUUCCUUUUAGCAAAAUCCAUUAGUUCAACCCGGAGUGACAAUGUGACUUCUGAUACUCAUAGUCCUGCUGUCAUCAUGAAACCUCUAAGGGCUAGUAUGGUGGCCGCUUGUCUACAGCGAACCAUGGGUAACAUGGGGAACAAGGGAAAUUGCCGCAACAGCGAAGUCUCCAGGUUAUCUCUGCAGCAUCUUCUCCUAGGAAGAAAAAUUCUAAUCGUAGAUGACAAUAAGGUGAAUCUUAAAGUGGCUGCGGGUGCAUUGAAAAGAUAUGGAGCUGAACUGGUCUGUGUGGAAAGUGGGAAAGAGGCGAUUAGUUUGCUUACACCACCACACAGCUUCUAUGCUUGCUUCAUGGAUAUCCAGAUGCCGGGAAUGGAUGGGUUUGAAGCUACAAAAACAAUCCGAGACGUGGAAAAAAGUGUCAACCGGAAAAUCCAACUUGGGGAAGUAUCUGCAGAAGCACAUGGAAACGUCUUGAAUUGGCAUGUGCCCAUCUUGGCCAUGACGGCGGAUGUGAUUCAUGCGACUCAAGAAGAGUGCAUGAAGUGUGGAAUGGAUGGAUAUGUUUCAAAGCCUUUUGAAGCAGAACAACUUUAUCGGGAAGUUUCACGAUUUUCCUAUUCAGCUGAGAGUCGGAAACUGUAAAGGUGACUCCAUUGCAGGUCGCUGAAUUCAUAGUGGAUCGUCAUUCUUCUCACUUCUCCUCAAUGAAGUCAAAGUUCUUCACCAAAGUAUUACGUGGAAGAGUGUGUAAAUAGAGCAAUGCCUUAUUGCCGGCAAAUUGAUUUUUGACAGAUUGUCCAUAGAUAGCAACCGCUUGUUGUUUUUUCCUUACACGCUUCAUCUCAUCACGUGUGACCUCCAUCAGCAGCCGAGCAAAUAGAAGUUCAUUAGAGGGAUUCAGAUUCGGAACAAGGAUAAGUCCCGGGAAAUCGUGUGGAUUGGUUGUAUCAUAGCAGCAGCAAUGGCGGCGUUGUGUCGUCUUUCUUAUACAUAUGUAGCAAACUCACCAUUCACAAUGACCUUGUUCUUCUUAUCUUAGGACAGCUACUGUCUGUAGAGUCUGAACUAGAGCGUUGGAUUCAGAUGUAAGAAUGAAAGUUGUAGAUCUUAGCAUAGCGUUGUCUACUUUCAUGUUCGUUGCAUGAUUCUUUUUUGCCC